UGAGCUGAGAUAAGUUUUAAAUAAAGAUUUUUUAAAAUUUAUUUAUAUUAGAACUUUUUAAGCCCAAAUCGGUUAUUGGCUUUGUGACCUCUUUCGUAAGCUACUUACAAUGAUUUACCCAUUUAUACAGCCGGGGAAUUUUUUUUCUACGGGAGCAAUUUGGGGUUAUUAGCUUGAUCAAGGGUACUGUCGCGGGAGCGGGAUUCCUUGAAAGUGACUCACUGCUCUAACCACUACGCCACCUGCUGCCCGGUGCGGUGCCCGCCAAUACACUUGAGUAUUUACCCUGGAUCCCGGUACAGUAUGGGGCAGAUUUUGUUCCAGAACCGUACAUCUAUAAAUGUGUCGGAUUUGCUGCGUAUUUAUUAAGUGACUAGUAGGACCUCCUGGGCUGUCAGGUGACACCGGGGUUUUCUUUCUCUUUUUUUCCGCUCAGCAACAGGUACCCGUGACGUCACGAGCUGAGUGUCACGGGCCCUCCUUCACGCGCCGCUGCCCCGUUUCCCCUCGCGACGCCGUUCCAGCCGCCGCCGCCACCGCCACCGCCUCUCCUGCUGCCGUUCCGCCUCCUGCUCCUCCCGCUCCUCCCGCUGCUCCUCCUGCCGCCGCUGCAUGGCCUCCCUCCCCGCCCUCCACCAUCUUCCAUGUAGCUGAACAGCGGCUCUCGUCUCGUCUCGGAGCCGCAGCGCCAUGACGGGCAUCGCCGCCGCCUCCUUCUUCUCCAACACCUGCCGCUUCGGCGGCUGCGGGCUGCACUUCGAGUCGCUGGCCGAGCUCAUCGUGCACAUCGAGGACAACCACAUCGACACAGACCCGCGGGUGCUGGAAAAACAGGAGCUGCAGCAGCCGACGUACGUCGCCCUCAGCUACAUCAACAGGUUCAUGACUGAUGCUGCACGCCGUGAACAGGAAACCCUGAAGAAGAAAAUCCAGCCCAAACUGUCCCUGCCCCUGACGGGCAGCAUGUCGCGGAACAGUGUGUCCACACCGCCGAGGCACAGCAGUGGCAGCUUGACACCACCUGUGACUCCGCCCAUCACCCCAUCCUCCUCCUUCCGCAGCAGCACUCCUACAGGCAGCGAGUACGACGAGGAGGAGGUGGACUAUGAGGAGUCCGACAGCGACGAGUCCUGGACCACGGAGAGCGCCAUAAGCUCUGAGUCCAUCCUGAGCUCCAUGUGCAUGAACGGUGGUGACGAGAAGCCCUUCGCCUGCCCUGUCCCUGGCUGCAAAAAGCGAUACAAGAAUGUGAACGGUAUCAAGUAUCACGCCAAGAACGGCCACCGGACCCAGAUCCGAGUGCGCAAGCCCUUCAAGUGCCGCUGCGGGAAGAGCUACAAGACGUCUCAGGGCCUCCGGCACCACACCAUCAACUUCCACCCGCCGGUGUCGGCCGACAUCAUCCGCAAGAUGCAGCAGUAGUGCUGGUCGCCGUGCCAACUAGCCCAACCCCCUCCCUUCCCCCAUCACCAGCAAAUGCUGAGUCUCCUCCCCACACACACAUGCACACGCACACACAUACACUCUUUCAUUACUCUACACUACAGCUCUAUUGCAUGCUUUAACUGUCACCAUUUGUUUUCCUGUCUGUAUGUCAGAAUGAUAAAUAUUUGCUGAGUUAGUGAUUUGAUACAUUUUGCACAUUGUUACCAUACAUCUUUCUGCCUAUUUUGUCAUACGGUGCUAAAUGUUUUUAAAAGUGAGGGACUCGUAUUGGACAUGCAAGGCAACAGCUAUGAAUCAUGCGCCCCUUCUUUCUCCGGUACCUUCAUAAAAGCACGUAGGUGGCAAACAGGGCCCGCAAAGGUGCUUGGGAAUUGAUUUGAGGAUCUGAGGGGGGAUCGACAGAGAGCGUCUGAACUCAUCUGGAGAGUAUGUGGCCUCGCAGCAGAAAUAACGUGUUGGUUUAAUCUCUACUCUCUAUCAUUCCAGCGGUGUGAGGAGUACGAAAUUGGACUGUUUUAAGUUGAUCAUAAAAGGGCAAGUUAGUGUGAAUGUUUAUAAUCAGCACAGAUUGUUACCGAGUGUGUAAAAAGUAUCUGUGUGUGUGUGUGUAUACUGUAUCAGUUAAAAAGGUGUGCUUUAUUUCCCAGUUUUACGUUGCUAACUAUUCUUCAUCUAAGACUUUGAGAGAGCUGGAGAGUUGAAGCUAAACAUAAGAUUAAAUACGACAAAGUUUGUAUUUUCUUCAGACCCAGAUGAUUAAUGCUUAAUUUGUAUCGAUGCCAAAAGACAAUCUCAGGUCAGUUUUUUGCCAGCAUUUUCGGAAAUGCAAUUCCCGCCCCAGACAUUCCCCACGGAAUCUGGAAGGAAUAGUUCCACCCUUUUCCAGGGAUUCUGUGGCUGUGGCUCUGCUUUCCCUCCCUGCACCCUGGACCCUAUCCUGAGGAAGCGGGAUAUGUUUUUUUUCCUUCCCCCUUCAUCACCUGGGUAAAGUGUUGUAACCGCUUUGCUGGUGCUGCUUGCCAAGUUUGGGAAAUGUUCAUUUCCAUUAUGUCAGGAGGAUGUGUGCGCUGCCACGUAGGUGAGAUGGACCAACCUGCGUGUUACUGUUGUGUGGAGGCACCGCUUCUUUUAAGAAUAUUUCUUUUUCCGCCUCGCCUCCUGUGAAUUGGUAGUACUGUACUGUAUGUUGUGCGUUUCCAUGCGUCUCUCAGACUGCCUUGUGUUUGACAUUUCUGCAGUCCCGUAUAUGCCAGUGUAGCUUUAUGGUGACCCUCGUAGAGUAUCUAGUCAAAAGCCUACUCUGUAGUAUUGUUUCCAGUUCUUGUGCAGUGCUGGUGUUCAUUUCAAAAGCAGCCCUGGCCAGACUGAAGCUCGACCGCGGUGCCUUGUUAUCUGAGCUGACAGCUGUAUUUGGUCAAUCCCGUACGUUCCAUCGAUGCCCCGUGGGUUUUUUUUACAGGCCGCGAAGCACCCUGAUGCCAUUUCUUUGCACAGGGGAAGACUCUCUUCCAAAGGAAUGGACACUGGGGUGUGAAAAGGCACAAGAGAAAACUGCUCGGGCAUUCAGAAAGUCCAGUGUUUCCUGUCUGUUGGGUCACGUUUGGGUUUGGAUACACACGCCUCUGUUUUUAGAAGGACAGAGCCGUCUGUGUACCCAAGAGCCAGGGCUGUCCAACCAUCUGCUGCAUGGAUCUGAAUAUUGUUAUGGAGCCUCUUUAUAUUUAGCUUAAAUUUGUAACAGUAUUAUACAACAGGUAUGGAGGGGACUAUUUUGAUAUUGUGUAUAGUGAAUGUAUUUGUUAACAUCUCCUGUAAGUGCUUUAAAUUAUAUUUUCAUAUGUUUGUGGAGAACAAUGCACUUGUAUGUUUGAAGGCAAAAAAGUAUGUUUCAGAAUUGAAGGUGGUAUGUCAAACUUUCCUUUAAAAAGCUGCUUCUUAAAUGUUCAUCUUAUUAAAAUAUUACAAUAUAUUCUGCAAUUAUUUUGAAGUUCAUGAACUCUUGGGGAUGUUUUCUGUAAACAUUUAACAGGUACUAUUGAACGUGAAGUACCUCUGAAGAAGUUGGAGGGCCAAUGUUUACAACUAUCUGAGACCGUUGCUUCAAGGUGGCUGCUACUGAUAU